CGUUGGGGAAACAAUUGCAUUUUUGCCCCGUUUCUUCUGGAAAGUCCUUGCAGUUCCACUCAAAGAAUGAAAUCUCCAUUGGCAUGGGUGGCCAUUGUGGUCACUGCAAUCUUAGCACAAGCGGAGAGUACUGUUCCUGUGAACCUGGCAUUGAGGAAAACCUGUCUGCAAUUCCAUGAGGCGAGUGGGGGUAAAGCGAACCGAGCUGUAGACGGCAACAAAAACACUAACUAUUUCAGCUACAGUUGCACCCAUACCAGCGCCAACGCUGGUGAUACCGUCAACAACAAUUGGUGGGCGGUGGAUUUAGUUGAUAUAUCUUUGAUACAGAAGGUUGUCUUAUAUAACAGAGGGGACUGCUGUGGUUCUAGACUAGGUAAUUUCGACAUCGUGGUGACAUACACCAGGCCUACCCCAGGGACGAGGCUUGUGUUUUCUUCUAGCGAGGUCUGUGCUCAUAAGACUGGAGCCGUCUCACAAGGUCAAUCACAGACAUUUAACUGCAACAAGCAACUACAAGGGAGAUAUGUUGCGGUCGUUAGGUCAAGAAGCCAGGCGUUGACUUUGUGCGAAGUCGAAGUCUUUGGAACCCCCAUUCCUCCAUGCAGCCUUGGUCUCAAGUUUGACGAGAGCACUAAAAAAUGUGUUGAUCCUUGUCCAGAUUAUCAACAGAGGUGGGACGGAACGAGAUGUGUUGUUAGGUGCAUUGCGAGUCAGAAAUGGGUUGGAACGAAAUGUGUUGCAAAAUGUCCGUCACCACAGAAGUACAACACUAUGUUCGGAACAUGUGAAGCGAAAACAUGCCGCUGCUUCGCAUCUGGUGAUCCCCAUUACUACCAAUACGACGGCCACAGAAUCGACUUCAUGGGUAAAUGCAAGUACACAUUCACCAAGCUAAAGGAUGACUUCAAGAAUGACAAGUGUUACUUCAAUGUAGAGGAGAAGAAUGUUCAUAUCGGUAACCCUCGAGUAAGCUUUGUGGCGUUGUUGGAUGUGACCGUCGAGGAUAUGACCUUCAGAUACAGUCAACAAGCGGGGAAGGUUUUCAUCGACGGCGUCGACAGAACCAAGAGCAGUUUCCCUAUAACUAUCAGGACCAGGAAAGGCACAGACGUGAAAGUCUCAUUCGCUAACAGGCAGUUCCAGGUCGAGGCCACAGCUUGUGGUAUGAUCACCACCUACAGGAGGUACUUCAUUGAGACGUUCAUCUCAUCCACACUCGGAACCAAGGUGGAAGGAAUCUGUGGAACAUGUAACGACAAUCGAAAUGAUGAUCUUAUUGCUAAAGGACAGACGAAAGCCACAACUAAGAAUGAAUUCUCGAGUAGUUGGUCUGUGCCCGAUGACUCUGGUCUACAGCAACAGAGCAACUGUAAAGCAGCCGAUGUCAAUGGUGAUUGCACUGUUGCUUGGGCCACGAAAGUCAAGAACAAUAACCACUGUGGUUACAUCACAGACACAAACGGUCCCUUCAAGGCUUGUAUCGCAAGUGGUUUGGUGAAUGUGAAGCAAUACCAGGACAGCUGCGAGUUCGACGUGUGUUUCUAUUCUAAAGAGGCCACAGCGGCGAAGGACGUCCCUGAUGUUGUCUGCAAGAACUUGGCUGUGUUUGCUGAUGAUUGUGCAAAGCAAGGGCUGGGAAGUGUUUGGAGAAGAGCCAACUUCUGUCCUCUAAACUGCGAGGCAAAUGCGUCCUACACUCCCAAGUUGUACCCUGCAUGUGAAAAGACCUGCCAACAGAGGAAAGCUCCCGCGGACUGCGUCGCUGGUGAGCCUGAAGAUGGCUGUUCUUGUAAUGAAGGCUACUUUAGACUUGGAAAUGACUGUGUUCUGCCUGGCAAGUGUGGAUGUGAUGCCGUUGAUGGACAACAUAUCGACAGCGGCAAUUCAGUUGUGAUGAAGGGUUGCACUGUCAAGUACGAAUGCACAGCGCAAGGCACCUUGAGGCAACUAGCUUUUCCUGCUUGUCAUAAAGAUGCUAGCUGCUCUACAGUAAAUGGACAGUACGCGUGUAAAUGCAAUGAUGGAUUCAAUGGUGAUGGACACUCUUGCCAGACCAACUGUCCGAAAGCAGAAGAAAAGUGGGACACUAAAAAUUCUAAGUGCGUUCUGCGUUGUGCCGCUGAUUAUAAAUGGGAUGAAGCGAAGAAGGACUGCAUUGCAAGAUGUCCAGCCGAGAAAAAGUGGACGGUGAAUAAAUGUGUUGACCGAUGUCCAAAUGCAGCCGAACAGUGGAGUCAAGUGGAGAAAAAAUGCAUUUUACGAUGUCCAGAUGCCGCCACCAUGUGGGAUACACGUCAAGGGAAAUGUGUUGAUCGCUGCGAGAAACACAAGGAAUGGGAUAACAAGGGAAAGAAGUGCACAGAUCGUUGUGCCGCUGCUGACAAAUGGGAUGAAACACAGAAACAAUGCAUUGCAAGAUGUCCAGCUGACAAAGAAUGGAAGGGGGCUAAAUGCAUGGACCGAUGCACUGAUCCAGCCACUGUAUGGUUCAAUGAGAAGAAGGCUUGCAUUCUACGUUGUCCAGAUGCCAAGACGAAGUGGGAUGAGAAGCAAGGCAAAUGCGUGAACCGUUGUUCAAUUGCCCAACUUUGGGAAGACACUUCAAAGAAAUGCGUAGAGCGCUGUGUCCCAGCGGACAAAUGGAACGAGGCAAGCAAAAAGUGUGAACCAAGAUGCCAAGUGGACCAGUUGUGGAAAAUGGACAAGUGUGUCAACCGUUGUGGUACAGGAGAAAAAUGGCAUGGAGCAACUAACAAAUGUUAUCAAGAUCCCAUGUAUCCAACGACGACGGAAGGAAAUGCCGGGGGAGCUGGUUGUGUCAUACCAUUCUUGUUUGGUGGAAAAUGGCAGGAGGACUGCGUCCCGGGAGCAAAUAAUAAGAAAUGGUGUGGUACUACUGAGAAUUACGAUCAGGACAAAAAGUGGGGUUAUUGCUCAGCUGCCUGUCGAACAAGUGCUGGUUUGGUCAAAAUGGCUGGUGACGCCUGGACAGAGGGCAAGGAAAAGGUAUUUUGUAACACUGAUGGAUCAAUUGGCAAGAUCACUGGAGAAAAUAUCAAUACGAAAGCCAGUGGCAAGUGCGUGUUUCCAUUUAAGUACAACGGCAAGUACUACGGAGGAUGUACAGGCAGCAAUCCAUGGUGCGCCACAACGCCAGAUUACGAUACAGAUGCAAAAUGGGGAUAUUGUCAUUUAAUAGCUACAUGCCUGACGCAGGAUCAUAAGCAAGUGACAGCCGGCGAAACAUGGUCAAGUGGAGGGAUGGAAUAUUCAUGUGGAAGAGAUGGAAAAGUUAGGAAAAACGUGAAGACAUCCGCUGGUAACUGUCUCUUCCCGUUCAACUACAAAGGCUCCACUUAUGAGGCGUGUACGGAGGUUGCAUCGGCUGGUAAACCCUGGUGUUACGUCGACGCAUCCGAGUCCGCGUACGGCUAUUGCUAGACCAUAUACUCUAACCACUGAUCCAUAUUCCUCUAUUUUUCUGUACCAGUAACUGCAAUAUGUACCAGCAAAUACCAAUGUAUGAAAAACACAUUGGUUAAAUGUGUAUCCUUUCGAUUAUCUCUAAUAAAUAUCAU